AUGAGUAAACCUUCAGAGAAGACAAAUCAAGAAAGAGUCUCUACGCUUGGAGGGUUUAUUGCUGGAGGAGUAGCAGCAUGUGGAGCUGUUACAUUUACAAAUCCCAUUGAAUUAGUGAAAACACGAAUGCAGUUACAGGGAGAAUUAUCCAAGGUUAAACUGGCUCCUAAAUUGUAUAAGAAUCCAUUUCAGGCUGGGUAUUAUAUUUUUCAGCAUGAAGGAAUACGUGGAUUACAACAGGGGUUAUUGUGUGGAUAUAUUUAUCAGUUAGGAUUGAAUGGAUGUCGUAUUGGGUUAUAUGAACCUUCAAGAUAUUAUAUCACCAAAUAUUUGUUUCCUAAAACUUUUGUUGAAGGAGGUAAAGUACCGCAGAACUUGUUUGUUAAUGUAUUAAGUGGAGCUAUUUCUGGAUGCGCUGGAGCUAUGAUUGCCUCACCAUUCUUUUUGAUUAAGACUCGGAUGCAAUCAUAUUCAAAAGCCAUCAACUCUGAAGCUGCCCAUCAUAUUGGACAACAGACUUAUUAUAAAGGUGUAUGGGAUGGGUUACUGCAAAUUUAUAAGGCAGAAGGUAUUAAAGGAUUAUUCCGAGGUGUGGAUGCCGCAAUAUUGAGAACCGGAGCUGGAUCAGCAGCUCAAUUGCCUGUUUAUAAUGCAACAAAGACAUUUCUUUUGAAACAUAACAUUGUUAAAGAUGGUUCAUUAGGUCUACACUUUUUAUCAUCUUCAAUGGCAGGGUUAGGGGUCGCUAUAGUUAUGAAUCCUUGGGAUGUGAUAUUGACCAGAGUGUAUAAUCAAAAGGGUGAUUUGUAUAAAGGGCCUGUGGAUUGUUUCCGUAAGACUGUAUCAAGUGAAGGAUUUGGAGCUUUAUACAAGGGAUUUUGGGCUCAAUUAUUUCGGAUUGGACCUCAUUCUAUUUUAACUUUAAUGUUCAUGGAACAGUGUAUGAAAGUCAUGGUUAAAGUUGAAGGUUCCUUGUUUCCCGAGAAGAGAAUCAGUUUAUAG